AUGGACUCGCGACAACGGUAUCUCGAGGAGCAAUUGCAAAGGAGAGAAUCGGAAGCCGUGGAAUUGCGUCGAAACCUUCGCGAACUAGGGACGAAGUUUUUCCAGCUCGAGCGAGCUUUCGAAAUCAACUUGCAGUCACAGAGUCGCCGGGAAGUUGAGUUUAAUCGCAUGAAACUCGAAAGCGAGGAACUUAGACAACUCCAUGAAGAGGCAAUGCGAACCAGAACACAGCUAAAUUCGAAAUUAAUGAAUGCAAUAACUGAGAGGGAUCAUUGGAAAGAAGCCUUCCUUCAACAAAGAGAAGUUAUUAAAAGGAACAAAGAGGAUUGCGACAAUGCAGUGAUAUUAGUCAAACAAGAAUGUGAGGAGAUCUUAAAGAUGACUCGAGGAAAGACGGAGAAACAAUUUGAGGACAUAUUGGAGCUAUACAAUGAAGCUAAAGGGCAGGUACAUCGAUUACAGGAACAGAUAGAAACGUAUCAAGGUGCUGAACGAAAGUACGAAAACCGAACGUUCGAGCUGGCGAACCUACUUGAAACUUUAAAACGUUUCGACGUCGACGUCGGCUCUGUCUGUCAGCUAGUGGCGGAAGCUUUGAAGAACUUGACCGAACGGAAAAACUUAUUCGAGGAGAGCAUGAAGAAUCUCAGGCAUCUUGCAUGGACCGUAAAAGACAGAAAGGAUGAACCACAACUGGUUUUAUUAAGGGAACAGAAUUCCGUUUUGAGGGAAGUAGUAAAGAAUCUAAAAAGAAAGUUACAGACAUUCGGGCAAAAGAAGGACGAAAUGCCUGAGAGAGAAAGCGAAGGACGACUGGCACAAACACUUCGCAGUAUAGAAAAACGUACGGCGACUAUAGACAAUAAUUUACCCAAGGUGAUACUUGAAAGAAACAUCGUCCCACUGGUAAACAAUUUAGUAAAUUCGUCGUGUUGUGAAACUACCACCGAUCAGAGCACGAACAAAUGUGAAAAGACACGCGAGAACGACGUAGAACAAGCACGAUCUAUACCUGGCGAGAACAAGAACGAUAAUCGAUUUAAACGGAUCAAUAUGGAGGACAGAGUAAUCGAUAAACGCGGGAGAGUGCUGUAUAUCGAAUCACACUUCAGUGGUGCAGUGUAUGAGGAAUACCUGAUUGAAAUGUCCGUAAAUCGCGAGAUAAAGAUUAAAUAUCCAGUGUCGUUGGACAAAAGCGAGAAAAUGAUUAACGUGGAAUUCGUCGAUAGUGAAACUGAGUAUGAAAAAUCGCCGGUCGAUAGAAUGUUGAUUUUGUUUAAAAACGUGUACGCGGUCGUGAAUGUGAAACAAACCGGAGUCCCGUGCAGCACGCAGACAACGAGAAUUAAAACCAACAACAAUUUCGCGCAAACUGCAUUGACCGGAAUGAAAUCGUUUUCCCGUCUAAAUGUCGGCGCUACGGUGAGUGAAAAUAUUUUUAAAUUGUUAUUUCUCGUACCAUGGAUUUCAAACUCCAGAGCUUUUAUUAAAAAUAUUGCACAUCCGUUGUUUAUAAAAAGUGACAAAAACCGAGCGAAUUCAUUUUCGUAUAUUUUAUUAGUUGCUUUAAAGUUCAACGCAUUAAAUCAGGCUCAGACCAUGAUCAGUAGAAACUCGUGUUUACUUAGCGAUGGCGAGAUAGUAAAUUGUAUCAAAGUGUUGUCUCAGUAA